AUGAAAUUCCCAACUGAACAUGGGAUUGCAACAGUCCGGGGUGAUCAGAUGGGUUCCAGGGCAUGCUACCUAAACUCGCUGCGUAAAUCUGAGCCCCGAACUGUCAAUGUAAUCCUAGCCGAAGUACCCGCUGAAGUCGUCAAUCCAGAAGACCCCAAUCAAGUCUUGCGCAUAGGGAAGUCAUUAUCACCUGAAGCAAAAAUUGAGAUGAUACGAUUCUUGAAAGAAAACCUGGAUAAGAGGCGUGCCUUGAACCCGGAAUGGUACAAGGCGCUGAAAGACGAAGUAAGUAAACUUAGCCGCAGUGGUUUCAUCAGAGAGGCCAUAUAUCCGAGGUGGAUAUUCAACCCAGUUCUUGCGAAAAAGUCCAGCGGGAAGUGGAGGGUCUGUGUGGACUUCACAAACCUGAAUAAGGCGUGUCCCAAGGACAGCUUCCCACUUCCAAGAAUUGAUCAACUGGUGGACUCCACUGCUGGGCAUGAACUACUUAGUUUCAUGGAUGCGUACUCAGGGUACAACCAGAUACCCAUGUUCCGACCUGAUGAGGAAGCUACAUCAUUCAUUACGGACAGGGGGCUGUAUUGCUACAAAGUUAUGCCCUUCGGAUUGAAAAAUGCCGGGGCCACAUACCAGAGAUUAGUCAACAUGAUGUUUGCCGAACUCAUUGGCAAAACCAUGGAGGUCUACGUGGACGACAUGUUGGUCAAAAGUCUCCAGGCGGCCGAACACGUGAGUCACAUUGACCAAACUUUUCAGAUACUCAAAAAGUAUAACAUGAAGCUGAACCCCAUCAGGUGCACUUUCGGAGUGGCAUCAGCAAGGAAGAGAUUUCAAUGGACUUCGGAGUGCCAAGAAGCCUUCGAGUCUCUGAAGAAACACCUCGGGGAAGCACCCCUCCUGUCGAAACCCCAGGCGGAUGAAUCUCUGUUGCUGUAUCUAGCAGUUUCAGACGUGGCAGUCAGCGCGGUCCUAACCAGGGAAGAAAAUGAGCCCUCAAGAAAGCUGAGGCCAUAUUUCCAAGCCCACUCAAUACAAGUCCUCACCAAUUUCCCUUUAAGGCAAGUGAUGCAGAAAACGGACGCGUCGGGACGCCUGCUGAAAUGGGCUAUCGAGCUCAGCGAGUUCGAUCUCACGUUCCGACCUAGACAUGCUAUCAAGGGCCAGGCCUUUGCCGAUUUUAUGGUCGAGUUUACCAAAACCCCAGAAAUGGAGGCCAUAAUGGAACCGACCGAGCCCCCCACAUGGAAAUUGUUUGUAGAUGGGUCUUCAGGAGAGGCUGGCGCGGGGGCAGGAAUCGUGUUGGAGAGCCCGGAAGGCCAUUUGCUAAAUUAUGUGAUAAGAUUCGGCUUCAGAGCCUCGAACAACGCGGCCGAAUAUGAGGCCCUUCUGGCAGGUCUAAGGCUCGCUAAGGAAAUGCAGGUCAGGAAGCUCCUAGCAAGCAGUGAUUCUCAGCUCGUAGUAAAUCAGGUAAAUGGGGAUUUCGCAGCCAAAGAUGGUAACAUGCUUGCGUACUUGAAGCUGGUUCUGGACAUAAUUCCCCAUUUCGAAAGUUUCGAACUAACUCAAGUCCCCCGUCUAGAAAAUGCCCAUGAAGAUGCCCUCUCAAAGUUAGCCAGCAGCAUGGACUUAGAGCUUCUAAACAUCGUCCCCAUUGAGCACUUAUCGAAGCCCUGCACCUUCGAAGGCGAAGAGUUACUGUGGAUAGAAGGCACCCCAUUGUGGAUGCAGCCCAUAAUCGCGUAUCUGAAGGAACAAACACUGCCUGCUUCCAGAGGCGAACCUGCUCAGAGCCUCUCUGUAGUGACCAGCCCUUGGCCAUUCGCCAAGUGGGGCAUCGACUUCAUUGGUUCACUCCCAAAAGGGAGGGAAAGCGCAACUUUCGCCAUUGUCGCCAUCGACUACUUCACUAAGUGA